AUGGAGUCGGCACUUCGAGCGCUAGGCGUGCUCGACGCCACAUCCCGCAUCAACUGCUACAUCUCCGACCAGCAGCUACAUCCACCUUCGGACUUGCACGAUUUGCACUGCGACUGCGAUCAAUGCGAGCGCGAACAAGAUAAGGAUGAGGGGACGAAUGGUAGGUGGAGGAGAAGGGCGGUGGAUGAAAAUGCUAGGAGGGGCGAGGGCAAGAUCGGUAGAGCCGCCCAAAUGCGUACCGGAAGAAUCACUCUCCCCCCACCAACAACGACCAUGGCCGAGCGAUAUCCAAGCCCCCAGUCCGAACAGGCAGACGAGACAGAUCCCAGUCAGGCAGCACCGGAGUGCAGUGAGAAUCGUGGGGAAGAAGGAAGGGAGACAACGCCGGGGUGGGUGGGUGACUUUUAUAGCCGCAAUCCCGCUGCUCUCGCCAAUGGCUGGCUCGCUCUCCAUCAUCGUCGUCUCAUGACCUCACCGAUGGAUAGGGGUGAGCCUACGCCAGUCGAGAUUGUGGCAAGCGCCGUCGUGCGAGCAUCCCGCACACAGCUGCUUGGUCUCACUCCCCACUUGCAUACCCCUCGCGUGCGUCGCUGA